CUAGGUCCAGUCAGCGCAGGUUUGCCGAUGCCAGCGCGGCGCUUGUGAUCCUAGUCCGCGGCACAGUCAUCCGCGCGCCAUUACACACACAAUCGGAGCACAGAUCGAAGUUCCAAGCUCUUCUCGCGCCAGCGCUCGCCAAAUGCCUCCUCUUUGAUCCAUUCCAGGGUUUCUAGAGCUAAAAGGAUUUCUUCCCAGAUGGGUUCUGGCGACGCGCCCCCUUCCAGUGCGAAAGCUUCAAAGGCAGCGCCGCCGCCUCCUCCUCCACCUCCUCCUCCUCCUCCGGCCACUUCUUCUUCCCAGGAAACUCACACUCCAACCUCGUGGCCACAAGGAUACUAUCCUCCUCCUCCAGCGCCGGGGGGAGCACCACAAGCUGGCUACUUUCCUGUGUGGCAUGGACAACAUAUGCAGCCUAUGAUGUAUGGACAUUACGCAAUGUACCCGCAUGGAGGCUACCCAUACGGUCUCGCUGGAAUGGCGUCUCCUCCCGGCAGUGGAAAUGACGGGGCUGCGGAAGGCAAGUCAUCCAAAAGUAAGAAAAGGAAGACGAAACCAGAAGCUGCUGUUGACAAAGCAAUUGCCCCGAGAACCGAGGAGAGCGACAGUGAUGGUUCUCCCAGUGGAAACAGUGACGAGGACAAGACGGAGAACAAGAAAAACAGUAGCGAGCAAGGGACAGAGACAACUAAUGGGUUUCAGUACACAGGUGUAGAUUUCUGGAAUGGUGGUCAGGGAAAGCAGCGUGCGUCCGGAGCUAUCGUUCCAGCCGGGGCCCUGGAAUCUGACAUGAUGUUACAAGAUGAACGCGAACUUAAGCGUCAGCGUAGGAAGCAAUCUAACAGGGAAUCAGCAAGGCGCUCGAGGCAAAGAAAACAAAAAGAAUGUGAGGAACUGAGCCACAAAGUGGAAGAUCUAACCCAAGACAAUGAGAGGCUGAAAGCUCAGCUAGCAGAUGUCCAGGAAAUAAAGCGGCAACUCGAAGAGGAGCGCGACUCUUACCUGGAGCAACUCCAAGCUUUGCAGCAGCACGGGGACUCUCCCAAAGCCGCCGAGCUACACAAAGGCAAGCAAAGGGACCAGCAAGGCUCUAGCUCGCCCAUUGUACAAAACAAUCAGCAGCAGCAUCUGCCAGAGAUUGGAUAGCAACGAAAGCGCAAAAGCAUCUAUAGAGUGUACUAUGACAGAACCAAACACGUUUAAAAGCUUCCCUUAUAACA